AUGGCCUCGGAGUCUGCCAAUUCUUCAUCGCAAGAGGAAUCCCGCAACCGUCGUAGACCUUCAUCCGCAAUGCAAGGCGAAGAGGGCACUCCUUAUGCCGCCCGUGCGGCUGCCGGCGCAGCUGCAGCCAGCAACUCUUUCUUCCCGCUCGGAUAUCGUGAGGGCUUCAGUCAAUGGUGGGCUCGGAUUCCUGCGGCAGCUGCGGAGCACAAAGUCUUGUCUUACUUGCCAUAUCUCCACCAUGAACCUCCCACCCAUUUGCAAACGGGAAAUGUCGCAAGCUUUCCCAACGGGUCUACGCCGGACAGUCUGCAGACUGCAGAUCAUACACAACAAGGACGGAUUUCGACCAACUCGUCCAACGACCCGUAUGGGCCUCGUCGGUGGAGCUCCAGCAUGGUCGAGCUGUCAGGGAAAGAUCGGGCACUGAAUGAGUUCUCCGUGGAACGCGUGGGUGAAGAAGCAGAGCAGCAUUUGGUCAUGCUGCACGGGUAUGGUGCCGGUCUGGGUUUUUUCUACAAGAAUUUUGAGCCUUUAAGCCGGUUGAAAGGAUGGCAGCUUCAUGCCCUGGACAUGCUGGGUAUGGGCCGUAGCACACGGCCGCCAUUCAAGAUCAAAGCCAAGGAAAGAGAGGAAGCAAUUCGUGAGGCUGAGGCAUGGUUCGUGGACGCUCUGGAAGAAUGGCGGAUCAAGCGCAAAAUUGAUCGCUUUACUUUGCUCGGCCACAGUCUUGGUGGAUACAUGGCGGUGGCAUAUGCGUUGAAAUACCCGGGCCAUCUCAAUAAGCUCAUCUUGGCGUCCCCCGUGGGUAUUCCCGAGGAUCCAUACGCCGUGAGUUCGGAUGUUACCGAACCAUCCGAAUCCACACUGGCGAGCGAGCUCACCCAGGAUCAACAAGAGAUUGCCUCUUCAGCCGCAGUGCCAGGAUCCGCCCCGAAGACAACGGACGGCAGUUUCAUCACUGGACGCAAUCCUGAACCCAACGCCGAGGCAGCUAACCGUCCUCCACGCCGAAAUAUGCCCAAAUGGUUUGCUUACCUGUGGGAUGCGAACAUCUCUCCCUUUAGUCUUGUCCGAUGGUCUGGUCCAUUGGGCCCACGCAUUGUUUCCGGAUGGACGUCGCGUCGAUUUUCGCACCUGCCGUCGGACGAGGCGAAAGCACUCCACGACUACUCAUACUCUAUUUUCAGUCAACGCGGCAGCGGUGAAUACGCCCUCGCAUACAUUCUCGCUCCGGGUGCCUUUGCUCGCAGUCCUCUGAUCCGCCGCAUCCAUGGCGUGGGUCGCCAGAUGAUUGCAACCGACAACAGUCCCUUUUCUAAUCCUGCCUCAACCACUUCCCCGAAAUCCCUAUUCCCAAAACUGUCAUGCAAUUCCUCUACGAACCCAGAAGUUACGGGCGAGUCCGCGCCAAUUGACCCUCUUACCGAUGCGCCUGCGCCUCGCCGCGAGAACGGUAUUCCCAUCGUCUUCAUGUAUGGAGACCAUGAUUGGAUGGAUGUUUCCGGGGGUCACGCCGCGGCUGCCCGUCUUGAAGAAGAGAAACAGCGAGUCUUAGCCAAUGCAUCUAUUGAUGAGCGAGAAAAGGACCAAGGCUCUUCAAAGGUCGUCGUCAUCAGCCGGGCCGGCCAUCACCUGUAUCUUGACGGUUGGAAAGAGUUCAACAAGGUGGUUCUGGCUGAGAUGGAGGAGGUCAGUCAACGUGAGAAUGGAGCGUGA